AUGCGGGCGGUGAUGGAGGCGCUGCGCGGACCCCCCGCCGCCGCGAGGGGCCGCGCGGAGGAGGGGGUGAUCAGCCGGCGGAAAGGACCCAUCAGCCGCGCCUCCGCCUUCGAGGAGGAGUACCGGCGAUGCACGAGGUUCGCUAAGGGGCGCUGA